CCGGCCUCCCGCAUAUAAUUUUGUUUGUUUAAUAUUUCUCGAUUCUUAUUUAUUAUACGGUGUUUAUAAAUAUAAAUUACACGUAACUGCUUUAAAAAUAACUUAUACAAUCGCUUUUGAAUCAUAUCCUCUUGUGCCGAUCGACAGGAAGUGGUCAAAUCAACAAAAAUGCGAUAUCUAUUUUUGUCUACUAUUUUUAGUGUAGUUUUCGCUUAUGAAAAGGAUUUAACAUUCUCUGUCCAAGCCGGAAGGACUGAUUGCUUCUUUCAAAAAGUUCUCCCCAACGAAGUAAUCGACAUGGAAUACCAGGUGAUAGACGCGACCCACGGAGAGCUGGACAUAUCGUUCCAGUUGGCUGACCCAGUGGGGCGCGUGAUCGUCGCGGACUACAAGAAACCGGAGAACGCUCAUCGGCACACUGCAUCUCUGGAGGGAGAUUAUAGAUUCUGCUUCGACAACAGCUUUAGCACCUUCAGCGAGAAGACGGUGUUCUUUGACCUGGUGAUAGAUACAGAGGACAACCAGGAGAAAGACUAUGAUGAUGACAAGGAGAUGGAACUGGGUAACACAGCUGAGACGUACAUGAUGAAGGUGCGUGACAUUUCGGAGUCGGUCUCCCGCGUCAGGGACAAGGUGUCAGCAGCCCGCCGGCUGCAGGAGCUGCACUCGGCGCACGAGGCGCGCGACAGGAACCUCGCCGAAGAAAUGUGUGACAGGGUGAUGUCAUGGUCCAUGUGGCAGAUAGUUUUAAUGCUCAUAGUUGGAUUUACUCAAGUAUUUUUCGUUCGAAGUCUUUUUGAGGACAGCAACAGUAGAAGAAGCUAUAAGAGGUUCGUGCCGAGCUUCGCACAGUGACGUCUGUGGUCGCUAGUGAUCGCAAGUGAUCGUCAGUGAUCGCAUGUGAUCGUCAGUGAUCGCAAGUGAUCGUCAGUGAUCGCAAGUGAUCGUCAGUGAUCGCAAGUGAUCGUCAGUGAUCGCAAGUGAUCGUCAGUGAUCGCUACCAAAGAUUCUAACAGUGUAAGAUUGUGAUACAGACUGCAGAGGUGUUGUGUGAAGGGAAAAUUGAAAGAGUGCACAUUUUUUUUUUAUAUACUUUUAUAGCUAAGAAAAUUUCUUCUAUCGUGCUUGUGAGGUGAAUUAACCUCAUCAACUCUGGUGUUAGGGUUAUUACUGAACCGCCAAAGGCCCCUGACAUAACUCAUGUAACGACUACUUACUUACAUCAUUAAGAAAUAACCGGGACCAACGCCUUAACGUGCCUUUCGAAGCACGGAUCAUCUUAAUUUCUGGACAGUCAGGUGAUGAGCCUGUAAUGUCCUUAGCAAACUAGGAAUCAGAAAGUGAUUUUUGUGAUGUGUACGGGAUUCGAACCCGGGAUCUCCGGAUGGUGAGCCCAACGCUCAACCACUGGACCACGGAGGCCGUUACGGUUACUAAUCAAGAAGAAAAAGAUAGAGACAGAUUUAACACAGUUAAAGUUAAGUAAAAUGUUAGAUUGAACAGAAUCGACUGGCCU